AUGUCGUUCCUCGCUGCCAACUUUGCCCGCCGGGCCGCCAUGAGACACCCUCUUCGCGCCCUACAAGCCCAGCCAGUCCGACAAUACUCCAGCCGCAUACAAGAAGCUGGGCUUGACAAAGCCCCAAAGAGAGACCCUGAGCUUUAUCUUCUCCUUGGCGUUAUGGCCGGUGCCUUCGGCCUUGCGGGAUGGUACUUCGGCAGCUCGCCAACAACAGUUACAUCCGAAAGCAACAUUCGAAUCGGAGAGAGCGGUGCUAUGCCUUGGGAGAUUGACGAAAGCGAUUCAGAGAAGCAUGGGAACUUCAAAUAUCAAUAUCACCCGCAUGGGGAUAAGAAUAAGCCCCUCAAAUCCGCCCCAAGCGCGUUGAAUGAAGUCAUAAUUCCAAAUGUUACAUUGCCAGCGGAUUUGCACGAGAGAUUCAACAAAUACGGGAAAGACUAUUAG